AUGCAACAGCCCAACAAGGAAAUACAGCACAUCAGCAACCAUACACUUUACACUGAUGGUUCUAAACAUGCUGAAGGCGUUGGCAGUGCUUUCCUGCACUGUUGGCAAAGCCAAGAAUUACAUCAUUGGAAAGGCCACCUAGGUGACAGCAAUAGCGUCUUUCAGGCAGAAGUGAUAGCAAUUACAGCUGCUGUUGAAUAUCUAAUAAGCCGAAAAAUCUCAAAAGCUUAUCUCUAUACGGAUAGUAUGUCUGCCUUGCUGGCCCUAAGGCAAACACAACCAUGUUUCCCCGUUGAUCAUCCGCCUUCAAAACUCUUAAAAGAUAACCCACAGGUACACGUGGACAUGACGUGGGUGAAAGCUCACGAAGGCAAUGCAGGUAAUGAGGCAGCGGACGUGCUCGCCAAAGAGGCAGCCUCAAACAUCAACGCACGUCCCAUCGCUGUUCCGGCGCCACCUUCCCAUCUUAAAAGACUGCUGAAAGGCGCAGCAGUCCAGUGGUGGCAAAGAGUAUGGGAACAUGGAAACACAGGAAGAAGAGUGUAUGGUUUUCUUUCUACCGAUGGUGACAACGGAGAGACUCAUAGCAAACGCUCCACUUACUAA